AUGCUCUCGCUAUGGAUGGCAGUGGCUCUGUUGACAGGCGCCUUGGCCCAGUCAACAACAUCCUCCUCAUCUUCAACGACCUCUGCUUCAAACACAGAGACAGCUGCCAUUGUAACCCUUUCUGGAACUGUUGAUCCCCUCAGCAUCGAUGGAGCGACGGGCUCAGUCACCUAUCCCUCCGUCACAACGACCGUCACUCUGUCCUCCGAUUCAAGUACUCUGACAGGUACAGUGACGAGAAAUGCAACCGAUGCAUACACAACCACUUCCGGCACGGUGACCAUGCUCGUGGGCAGCCAGGGCACAACCACCUUAGCGCCCAAUGCCACUGCCUCGAGGAACAGUACCACAACGACGAGCACGACUUCAACCACGCCCUUACCGACAAACACGCAGCCAUGCAACGGCUACGUCGAGUUUUGCGCUCGCAAUUACUCGAACGUCACCUACGUCGCGGCGCACAACAGUCCCUUUGACAGACAGGGCAAUAUCGCCUCAAACCAGAAAUAUCCGGUAACUACCCAACUCAACGACGGAGUCCGCAUGUUGCAAUUCCAGGUCCACCUUCAGAAUGGAACGUUAUAUCUGUGCCAUACGUCCUGCGACCUCCUUAAUGCGGGUACACUGCAAGACUAUCUCACGACCGUAAACAAAUGGUUGAACAACAAUCCUUACGAGGUGAUCACUAUCUUGAUGGGGAACUACGACCUGAUCGGUGUAGGCAACUUUACAGACUCAAUUGUCAAUUCCGGACUUUCGAAAUAUGCAUAUCAACCACCUAAGAUUCCUAUGGGUCUGGAUGACUGGCCGUUAUUGUCGGACUUGAUCCUGACGCAGAAGAGGGCUAUAAUAUUUAUGGACUAUAAUGCGAAUCAGACCGAGGUUCCCUACAUAUUGGACGAGUUUACACAAAUGUGGGAAACGCCAUUUUCUCCGACUGAUCCUGAUUUUCCAUGCACGACGCAGAGACCUCCGAAUUUGUCAGAGGAGAGUGCCAAGUCGAUCAUGUACAUGGCCAACCACAACCUGAAUGUGGAGAUUUCUUUCUCAGGACUGGAUAUUUUGAUUCCCAACACGGCUGUUUUGAAUGAGACUAAUGGUGUGUCUGGGUAUCGUAGUCUGGGGUUGAUGGCUGAUAAUUGCACUGCAACCUGGGGCAGACCUCCAAACUUCCUACUUGUCGACUACUACAAUGAUGGCAGUUUCCCCGGAUCAGUGUUUGAGGUUGCUGCUGAUAUGAACAAUGUGACUUAUAACGGUCAUUGUUGUGGAUCGACGACUUCGGGGGCUUUGAAGCUGCAGGUUCCAGGUCACUGGUGGGUUAUCAUGGCUGUCGGUGCUUUCCUUUUUUAUUGA